AUGCAUCCCUAUGGAAGACUGCAGUUAUCUCCUGAUGACUAUGAAUUCGGCCUACCUUCAGGCGAACCCGUGCUGGUAUCCGAGGGAGAACUUGCACCGGAAGUCAUCGCAGAAGUGAUAGAAAUCCUCAAAGUGGAUUGGCUUGUAUCGGAGCGCGACCGAUUCCACCAGCAGCUUCAGCACGACUGGACACCUCCCGAUUCAGAACGCAUGGGAUCUGAAAUGAUUCAAGUUUACAGCAGACGCCAGGAAGAGGGCGAUGACUUGCUGGGCAUCAGCAAGUUGCUUCAUGCGACCGAGACUUAUUUCUGCAAUAAAGCCACGGUUUUCUAUUGGAUGGAAUCGGCAAAAAUAAACCGUUCCGAUGUUGAUGGGCUUGUGAUCCUGGGAAGUAUUUGGAAUACCUGGGUCGAUGCGCUUGGCAGGCAGCCAAACUUCCAGCUCAACGACUUCUUCGCGGUCCCUGUAAACAUCACCAACAAAGUUGCCAGAUCACAAUAUGUGGAGACAGUUCCAGAGAUACUGCGAGCACACGUGUCGAUUUGUUCUCAGGUUCGAGAGGCGUUCGAAAAGAAAGAAUCAAGGUGGUGGAGAGGGAGAGACUCGAGAUUUUUCAGCCUGCACCCACUCUGCGAGGCAAUGAUAGUGGUCUUCGACGAAUACAAGUUUGUGCAGUCGGGCUACGUAAAGCAAGCAGAUGGCUUCCGUCACUACGAAAAUGUGGCACAGCACCAAAGCGUUCUCAUGAUUCGAACUGGCAAGGAAGACAAUCUCAGCGCGCCAAUCAGCUUUGACUCUUGA